CCGGAAGUUGCGUGCGUGCGGGCGGGGGCGCGAGGCCGCCGCGGGCUGCCGUUCCCCGAGAUGGCGUCCAAGGUGGGCUCGCGACGGUGGAUGCUGCAGCUGCUCAUGCAGGCGGGCGCGGCGCUGCUCACGCGCUGCCCGUUCUGGGACUGCUUCAGCCAGCUCAUGCUGUACGCCGAGCGGGCCGAGGCGCGCCGGAAGCCCGACAUCCCGGUGCCCUACCUGUACUUCGACAUCGGGGCGGCCGUGCUGUGCGCCAGCUUCAUGUCCUUCGGGGUGAAGCGGCGCUGGUUCGCGCUCGGGGCCGCCCUGCAGCUGGCCAUCAGCACCUACGCCGCCUACGUCGGGGGCUACGUCCACUACGGGGACUGGCUGAAGGUCCGCAUGUACUCACGCACCGUAGCCAUCAUCGGUGGCUUCCUGGUGCUGGCCAGCGGCGCCGGGGAGUUGUACCGCCGGAAGCCCCGUAGCCGCUCGCUGCAGUCCACGGGCCAGGUGUUCCUGGGCAUCUACCUCAUCUGCGUGGCCUACUCGCUGCAGCACAGCAAGGAGGACCGGCUGGCGUAUCUGAACCACCUCCCCGGCGGGGAGCUGACGAUCCAGCUCUUCUUUGUGCUCUACGGCAUCCUGGCCCUGGCUUUCCUCUCGGGCUACUACGUGACCCUGGCCGCCCAGAUCCUCGCCAUCCUGCUGCCCCCGGUCAUGCUGCUCAUCGAUGGCAACGUCGCCUACUGGCACAACACGCGGCGUGUGGAGUUUUGGAAUCAGAUGAAGCUCCUGGGAGAGAAUGUGGGCAUCUUCGGGGCCGCUGUCAUCCUGGCCACGGAUGGCUGAGUGGCAGGGCGGGAGGGCAAGAUGGGUUCAGGGAGCCACUCAGGGUCUGUUGUCUGCCUCCUUGCCGGCCCAGUUGCUGGUUAUUUAUGCUUUGGGGUACUCGUGUAUGAGUGAGAGAGAGAGAGAGAGAGAGUGAGAGAGAGAGAGAGAGAGAGAGAGAGAGAGAGAGAGAGAGAGAGAGAGAGAGUGAGAGAGAGAGUGAGAGUGUGUGUGUGUGUGUGUGUGUGUGUGUGUGUGUGUGUGUGUGUGUUGUCUGUCACUACGAUGGUGAGAGACAGGGCUCGAUCCUCGUUCCUGUGGCCAUGGCGGGGUAGGAGCCCUGGUGAUGCCUUACAGGUUCUCUCCUGUUAGGAGGAGAGGUACGGCCAGCAGUUCCCCCAAAACUCCUGUUCCUGAGAUGGGAGUUAAGGAGUGUGAGAGUGGGGUGCUGAGAGGGAAAAGGAGCAUGGAAGACCGGGAAACAGAAGUGCAUCCCGGGCACCUCCCCUUUGCACCCGAAGGCGGCACCUGGGCCCUGCAGCGCCCCUUGAAGGCCGCAGCACGGGUGUUUGUGGACUUGUGGCUCAGGCCCGGGAGGAGCAAAGGAGCUGUUGGGGUGUCUCUGCAAGCCACGCGGGUUCUCAGGGUAUCAGAAGCAGCCACUGUACUCGCUGCCUCCCACCUCACGAGCAGGGCAGACCUCAGUGUGAUCUGGGGUGCGCAGGGGUGGGGCAGCCAGCGGCCAACCUCCCGGCUCCUGCUGUCACCGUUUCCAGCUCUUUGGUUAGCUUGGUGGGGUGAGUGCCCCCCUCCAAACACCAGACCACACAGUCUUCCAAAAAUAAACAUUUUAUAUAGAUA